AACCGUAAGAGAUGGAGACAGUACAGAUUCCAUCACCGACACCUGGGUCUAUGAGCAGGUUUGGAGAUGGCUUCCGGGGCACGAGAGGAAACUGCUCGAUGAAUGGCACGGCGCCAAACUUCAACUUUCCCCCGGCUGGGUUCCGCAUGAGUGGAGGCGAUAUGAAUCAAGGUCCAAUCUUCCUGGGCGUCGGAAGUGCACUUUUGUUCAUAUCCAUACUGCUGCUAGCCGCUCGAUUGUGGUCGCGACUACACCCAGUGUACCGGCUCAAGAUAGACGACUGGACCGUCCUCGCAGCUACAGUAUGUUACUCACUUCUCCCUCCUUCCACGGCUAACACGGGCCCGCAGAUUCUAGCCAUCGUGCAGUACUUCCUACUGAUCAUUUCCGUCCUGAAUGGUUUCGGCCGCCGCACCUUUUUUGUUCCCCCCGCCCGCCGCUCGACUGCAUUGCGCUACCUUUUUAUUUCCCAAGUCUUCUGGUACUGGUCCGUCACACUCGUCAAGCUCUCCGUCGCACUCCUUCUCCUCCGCCUCAAGCAGACCCGCCCCUGGCGCUCCUUCCUUUACCUCAUCAUGGCCAUUGCCAUCUCCGCCGCCAUCGUGCAAACCUGCUUCCAAUUCCUGCAGUGCCGCCCUUUCUCCGUCUUUUGGGACCCGCGCGGAUUCCGCAGCGCCGUCUGUUUCCGCCGCAGCAUCAUUGACGGAAACAUCAUCGUCUUCAGCAGCAUCCAAGUCGCGCUCGACAUCAUCUUCAGCUUCAUCCCCAUCAUGUUCGUACGCAAGCUCAAGCUGCCGCGCCGUGAGAAAAUCUUCAUGUGCAUGCUCAUGGGGCUGGGACUAUUUGCUUCGAUCGCGGCCAUCGUGAGGACUCUCAUGCUGCAGGAGUACUACACCACGCCGGAUACGUUCCGGAGCGGUGUCAUGAUCACGCUGUAUGCGGUGAUUGAGCAGCAUCUGGCGCUUAUGGCGGCGACGGUGCCGACGCUGAAGAGCUUCAUGGAGACGACGCUAGUAAGGGCGGGGUUGUGGUUCUAUGAUGAGAAGAGCGAAGGACAUGUGAGAGGGGAAUUGGUGAAAUUGGGGCUGUUGGAUGAGGGUGAGUUUUUGGCGAAAAAUGAAGAGGAGGUAGCGAGAAGAAUGGUGGGGGGCACGCGCGUGACUAAGACUCAGACAAGCGGUGGGACGGGAAAGGUUGGUGAGGUGCGAACAGAAAGCGUGGUCCCGAGUAGGGAUGGAGAGGUCUCCUUCGAAGAAAUGCUGGCCAUAUCAGCUAAGGAGAAGGAAUUCGUAUGA